UCGCUGAAGUACAUGAAUGUUUUAACGAAGCUAAAUUUUGUGCUGCUUGUACUGUAAACUGAUGCUCUAAUAAUUUUUGCAAGCAUGUCAAAAGAUACUUAUUUUAUUUUAUAGUCCAAACCCAUGAAGGUUUACAAAAGAAAAUGGCUCAUCCCACACACAGACCGGAUAUUUUUCGUUGGAAAACGACAAAGACUAAAAAACCAGGCAACAAUAAGGUGCAGCUUAAUGAUAAUGACAUAAAACAGUGGGUAAAGCGGGUGGAAAGGGCUUCAGAGUUUGCUGUAUCUGAGGUGUUUUCAUUGAAGAAAACUCAUGAUGGUAAAAAGAUUAUGUCACUGCAGAGUGUAGAGCAGCUACAGGAUCAUGAUGAUGCGUACAGCGAAGCUCAGUCUAUUUUAAGUGAAUGGAUGAACCAGAAGUUACGGCUGGAGCUUGAAAUGGAUGAUGACGACAAGGAGGAAGAUGAGAUCAGUUCCAGUAAAACGGAGGAUUCAGAAUCCAAACAACUUAUUAAGAACACAGAGUCCAGCUAUAAUAACUUUGAUGACAUGUACUUUCACCUAGAGCAGGAGGAGGAGAACUCUGUAGUGCAUAAUUUCCUCCAGGAUUUGAUGGAAACUGAGGUGUUAGAUUUUGGGAUGGUGGAGAACCUCAAAGUGGACUCUGACCAGAGUAAGAAAAGGUGGAGGGACCCUAGCCUGACCAUGGAGGUGCGUCACAAACAGGUAAAAGAGAACCGCAUACGCAGAGAGGCAGAGCGCGAAAAACUGCGCAAAGAAAAAGAAGUGCUAAAGGAGGCGCGGCAAGAAGUGCGGCAACUGGAACAGGAAAAACAGCGAAAGAAGAGACAGGAGGCUCAGCGGCAGGAGGAACUGAUACAGCAGGAGAUGAUUCGCUUGCGCAGGGAGAUGGAGGAGAAGAGGAAUGUGGAGCAGCUGGCACGAAACAUGGAAAGAGAAAGGCUUCAGCAACAAAAGGCCACUAAGAGCUCUGUCAUUCCAAAACAUCAUAAUUCAACACAGAACAAAGAGCUUCAGCUCAAGCUGAAAAACCUAGAGGCUAAAAUUCACCUCCUAAACCUACAGUGCAUGCAAAAGCAUUUUUCCGCAUGGUACUCUAUGAUACUGGAAAAAAGGGUACGAAUGGGCAAGGCAGCAGCGCUGUGUGAUUGGAGAAGGCAGCUGAGGGCAUGGAGAGCCUGGAGAGCUCUGGUUUGGGCCAGAAGAGAGAAGAAAGAGGCUGAGAGGACUGAAGAAGAGCUAAGACAUGAGCACAGGCGCUGUCAGCAGGCACUGGAAAGCGACCGCAGGAGGCUUUUGAGGCACUGCUUCGGUGAUUGGCGUGUGUGGUGUCAGGUAGAACGUCACCGCAAGGAACUUCUCCAACAACAAGAAGAAACGCGAUGCAAAAUGGCUGCCUUGAUUAAUGCUGCUGCUUCUGGAAAACUAAGUGCAGUAAAGUCUCCUUCAAGUACAAACCUUCCUGAAACACCAUGUCCUACAGAAAACAUCCGCUUUCAGGAAUUGUCAGCAGCUCCAGACAGCGGUUCAUCCACUGGUCAAGUCACUAACAGCAGUGGCCACUCAGAAGCUCAACUCACUCAAGCCUGGCAGGUGACACGUCAACAUGCUGCUCUCUCAAUGGCUGAGCUCCGCCAGGCCCGUCAGACUCAGCAGAGCAGCAGAAGCCGAGGUGCAGAGCUCAGUGGUGGACAUUUCAAACACAGACACGCGGCCCUGCAGCACACCGUGGCUGAGCAGAGACGCCUGCUGAAGGAGCAGCAAGAGCAGAUUCUGCUUCUGCAAGAGAGACAGAACAUCCUGGAGCUCAGACGUGAGGAGAAAACGUCUCUGAUAACAACAGGUUCCCCUGAAACUGUGAGCACAUGCUGUCCGACUAAAAUGAACAAAGAAAUGACAAGUGGAUGUGCUGAGAAACCAAGAACAAAGAGAGACUCGAGGGAAAACGCAGACCGAAAAUCAUCUGUGCAUCGAGCGCCGCUUCCACAUCCCACAGUACAAGCCAUGGAGGAACGAGCACGUCUGCGCGCCGAACGCAGGAAAGAGUUGGAGGAGCAAAGACGACACAAGCAGGAGGAGAAACUUGCUCAAAUGAAGGCCGCUGAGGAGGAAAGACUGAGAGCUGAGGAAGAGGAGAAACAAAGGGAGGUGGAGAGGAAGAAGGAAGAGAAGAGGCAACAGAGGAAGAGAGAGUUGGAGAAGCAGAGGAGAAUUGAGCACGAACAGGAACAGUCAAAGCGGGCGACUCAACACUACCUCACAAACCUGUUACUGCACCGCGGCCUGACACCCUGGAGACGCCUGCUGGAGAAGAGCCAUGCCAACACACAGAAAGCGGAGGAUCAUUACACACAGGAUCUGCAGAGACGCUGUUUGUGUGUUUGGCGGCGGUGUGUGUUCGAGGCGCAGGCAGAGAGAGAGGCCAGUGCCAGUCUGAUGUACCAGCGCAUCCUGCUGCAGAGGACUCUGAAGAGCUGGACGAGGUUAAAAGAGGUGCGCUUUAUACUGGAAGCACGAGCCGAGCGCUUCUACAAGACAAACAUUCAAAGGAAAGUGUUGACGGUACUGCUGGAUCACGUGACAGCAGAGAGGAUAACAGCCUGGGAUGAUGAGCAGCGGGCACAACAACACAACAACAGGCGAGCUGUCAGGAAGUGUUUCUCGGGGUGGAGGCGUCUUCCUGUGGUGCUGCGAGAGGAGAGAGAGCGAGAGGAGCGCAGAGAGCAGCUCAGACGGAAAGUAGCAGAGAUUCUGCCCGACUUCCGCUCUUCCCCUGUGGACUCCCUGUGGCGCUAAAGUAAAUCCUCUUCAACCGCACACACCCAAUCUGUAUGGGAUUUCAUCAAUGACAAUCAACACAUCUGCAGCUUGAUGAGCCGCUGCAUUUAAGCUCAUUUACGCUUAUUUAUUUUUAACACACUACAGUUGAAAUGAACAACUUGUAGAAUGAAGUGCAUUACAUUAUAAAGCAGAGACAAACAAACAAACAACCAUCUGGAUUUUGAAGAGCUGUGCUUAAAAGGCUUUAAAUGUAAAAGAGGCCGAAUUUGAUUUAAAUAAGAUGCGAUCAUUUGUGCCAGAUCUGUUGCCCACCGAAGCAUAUAAACACACAAACACUAACAACAAACAUGAAGCGCGAAAUAAAAGAUUCAUUCUGAGGUGACGGUUGUAAAGCUGUGUGCUGUCAGGAUGGAGAGGUUGCAUCACUUCUGAUGUCCUCAAAAGGCAUUAAAUAAAGCCUGAUACUGAAUGUGCGACACACUAUGGACUUUAGAAAAGAAAUAUUAGAUGGUGAAAUCCAUAAUUGAUCAAACUAGCUGUGAAUCACACCAAAAAUAUUUUUAGAAAGAAAAAAAAAUAGGUGACAGUUAAGAAUAGUUUGGUGAAGUGAGAAAUAUAUCCGUCGCUGUUCAUAGAUAAAAUGUUCUGUUCAUGUUUACAGUGCAUUAACUAAUGUUUAGAAAUACAGUUUUUAUUUUAAACAUGUUUCAUUGAUUAAUGUAGAGGUUAAAUUAAACUAAGAUUAAUAAAUAAUGUAGAAGUAUCCUUAAAGGUGCAGUAUUUAAGUUUGACACCCAGUGGUUGAACUAGGUAUUGCACUCCUGGAUCAAAACAAACGCAAGCGCAGGUUGCCAGACUGCGGACAGGAGCGAGUGAUUUAAACAGUGUUCUAAAUAAAAGCAACGGCACCCGAUACAAGGAAUAUUUUCCAUAUUAAAAGAAGUUUUUGUCCUAACCAACCGCUGAAUUGAUAUAUUAGAAACAGCUUCUAUUUCUCACAGGUGAACAACGACAAUGAUCACCUCAUAUUCUGUGCUUCUAAAUGGCUGUAUUUACAUCUCUUUUGUGUUUCGUCUGGUGUAAACAGCCAAAUUUCUUAUCACUGCGUAUCUCUUCACAUAGCAUGUUGUUAGGAAACAGGGUUACAAUGUAACCUGCUCACCUGAUGUUUACACUUGGAAUAUUUAUAUCAUUUGCUAAUUAAUGACCUCAUGUGGAACUCUGAAUCUGCGUCUCAUUUAGGAGUCUGCUAUUGUCCACCACAGGUCCCAUUUCGGUCACAGACAAAUGCUUUCAGUGACUUUCUGACUGAAUUAAUGAAAUAUAUUUUCCACCAAGGUAACCCGGGGUGCUGAAAUAUAAUUGGCUGAACUGUCAUUGGGCAUGUUAAAAUUGCCAAUACAAAGACAAACAAAUUUUCAAAGCAGAAUAUCUGACUUCAGCAUUGUUUUUCAGAUAAACAUGAACAUUCACUUGGCAUGUUUCUUAUAUAUCUGCAAACAUAUUGUGGUAUUUUUUUUGUUUUAGAAGAGUCAAAAACUUACAUACAGCACCUUUAAUUGCUAAAUCUACUUACAGUUACAAA